AGGGGCAUUCCUAUUGGUCAGUUCUGCAAGGAUUUCAAUGAGAAGACCAAGAACAUCAAGGAAGGCAUCCCGCUGCCUAUCAAGAUCUUUGUGAAGCCUGACCGGACCUACGAUCUGAAGAUUAAUCAGCCGACCGUCUCGUUCUUCCUCAAGGCUGCGGCCGGGAUCGAGAAGGGAGCUGGGAAGACAGGUCACGAGGUGGCGGGCAUGGUGACGGUGAAGCACGUCUACGAGAUCGCGCGGGUCAAAGCGCAGGACGAGAGCUUCGCCCUGCAGAACAUGUCGCUGGAGAACGUGGUCCAGAGCAUCAUUGGCAGUGCCCACUCCCUGGGCAUCAGAGUCGUCAAUGACUUGUCCGCUGAAGAGUACGGGCGUUUCCUGCAGGAACGAGAAGAGAAGCGCCAAGCGGACGAGGUGGCAACGCUGGAAGAGCUGGCUUCAGGAAAGAAAAAAUAAAAUCAAACAAAACAAAACACGAAAA